UGGGCGCGGCGACCACAGCAUCACAAAGAGAGGCUGGCUGGUGGGCCCGUGGCCGGUGUAUAUCCCACGUACCACCGCCGACUAGCAGUUAGAGUCUCCGUGCGGACUGCCAUGGCUGGGGGUGCUCAGACAGCGGUGCUCUCGGCGAACGGUAACUCUCUCCACAGCUCCACGGACCCGCUCCUCUCUCACGCCGGCAUGCUCAACAACAACGCCACGGUCAACUCGCCCCUGUCCUCCGUCUUUACUUUCCACGUUGCUUCAGGCAUGAAGGAAGAAGGCGUGGACAGCACGACGGCCAGCUGCCACGGCCAGGACAAGGUCCGCGAGCAGGACAUGGGCUCCUCGGGCGUCAUGGACUCCGGCCCCGAGACGGUCUCGACCAAGUCCGACCAGUCCGACGACAAGCCACAGAAGCAGAAGCGGCACCGGACGCGCUUCACCCCCGCCCAGCUUCAGGAGCUGGAGCGGUCCUUCAGCAAGACACACUACCCCGAUAUCUUCAUGAGGGAAGAACUCGCACUCAGAAUCGGCCUCACCGAAUCCAGAGUACAGGUUUGGUUCCAGAACCGCCGUGCCAAGUGGAAGAAGCGCAAGAAGCAGUGCCAGAACGCCGCCCAGUCCAUGCUGCGGUCCCCCCUGCUGCCGUCACACGGGCUGCCGCAGUUCCCCGGCUCCAUGGCCGAGUCGCUCUGCUCCUUCCACACCACCGACAACCGUAGCUGGUCCAUGUCGGGCGUGGGGGCCGUGGCCACCGCGCCGCCCCUCCCGCUGCCCCCCUCCAUCCCCCGACAGAACAUGUCCCAGUCCAUGGGAGGGAUGAACCAGAUCCCCGUCACCCUCCCGGGCGCCAUCACCGUCUCCAACGGCGGCUCGGGCGUCAACCACGGCGGCUACGGCUCGCCCUACGGCAACGGCAUGUCCGCCUCGCCGCCCCUCAACAACUUCUCGACCAGUGCGUCCAGCCAGAUGUCCUGUAGCUCGCCCGUGGACAGCGGCGACGCCUGGCGAGGCUCCAGCAUCGCCUCCUUGCGGAAAAAGGCCAUGGAGCACGCCGCCUUCAUCAACAACGUCGGCUUCAGAUAAGCACCACGGGACGCGCGGGGUGGGAGGGGACCAGAAGGUUUAGCAUCUCUAGCAGGCUCCUCGGCUUGGUGUUUUUGUUAUUGUCGUUUUUAUAAAAUAUUGCUUGUUUUCUGACUGCGAAAGUAGUAUGAUGGUUCCCGUAAGGCCCUUUCCACUAGGCGGCGAUGGCGACCAAGUCGGAUUUACAUGUGAGACCAUUGAUUUCAUAACUGGAAUAAAUUGCAAGGUGUAAACGCAUGAUCUAAAACAUAACAAUUCACACAAAACGUACAAAUAUCGUUCUUUAUGAAAUUCGUUGAGUGAUCUGCCAUCUUUGGUUUCUUAGCGGUAGAAGCCUCCAGUGGAAUGGCAGCAGACAGAAAACAGGCGUUUGUAUUCGGCAAAAAACGACAAAGCUGAAAGUCUCGCCGAGGAAUCUGCUAUGUUAGCUACAAAAGUUCUGCCUGCACACGUCAUAGUGUCGCUCUGUAGUUGCACACGGAUGUAAGACAUUGUCUGAAAGUACUGUAGCGUAACGUGCAACUGCAGAGUGUCUUACGGGCGUUUGUAAGGCUAAUAUAUAAAACUUUUAGACAUGGUGGUUGUGUUUCAAACAAACCCUACAUUCUGUGGCAAUCAUCCAUUCAUAGUUGGAACGGAAACAAAGGGAAUCUACAUUUUACUAGCAAAGUGUAUUUUACGUAUACUGUUCGUGGCAGAUGUUGAAGAUUGGAUAUUGAUACUUGCUUCUCUAUAUUUGACUAUGCGUAUCUUUUGAGAACACUAUGUCUUGUCCAUCGAAGCAUACAGAAGUGCUCUUCGUGGAUUUCAAAUGUUUUGAAUCAAGAAAAUAAUAAUAGACUAUUGUGACAGAUUAUACAUAUUUCCGAUGAUUUUAGAAUUACGUUUUCAUACUCUCUCUUCUGUGAACUAAACCACAGUGAAAAAAGAUCAGCCGCCAUGUUUGAAAGUAGUUAAAGGCUUCACCAACUCAAAACUGGUUUCUCAGAAUUUACAGCAUUACAGUUAAUUUUGUGUUGUAAGAUAUGAAAAAAAUAAGUGCCACAAGUGUCACUUGUGGUGCUUCAAUUCUUGGAAACUUCAAUUUCGAAGAUGACGUUUGGCACAAGAAGAUUAGAAAAAAAACUCAAAACACUUUGAUGGGAUUCCAAAGAACCAAAUGAUAUAAAAGUAUUUGCAAAGUUUACUAAAAUACUUGAGAAACAAGAAGGGAGUGGUGUUGUGGAAAAAAGGGAAGAUUGUUAUUUGUUGUACAGAUCUUAUAGCGAGGACUUAAAAAGCAGUCCCAGGAAACUGGUUGUACUCUAUACCCCCUUUAUCCUCUGAGAUGUUUUCGUGUAUAUUUGGCACUGGAAAGUAUUUGUAUCUAUGAGAUUCUACCGGUUAGUGUCUGUAGUUGGGUGAUGUUGUACAUAUUUUUGGUGUAGAGUGUAGGAACCAAGCGCCACUGUUGGGUGUGUUUUAACGCAACUAAGUCUGUAAAGAGAAGACACGUGCUGUCUUACAUUAGAUGUUGGCCAUUUCCCAAGGAAGCCGUCCGGCAUGACAGGAAGGCGGGAUGAGAAGUGUCUGGCACAAUCUCCGCGAUCAAAGCCACGGGGCUGCGGCAGUCAAUCGCUUAUGUGCAAUCAACUCGCAGAUUCUUGUGGCCCUCUAGAGGCGAAACAACCUCCAAAUAAAUCACAAAAGAUUCCUUUGUAGAUCUGCUUUAAUGUCGGCCCUAUCGCCAAAGAUGUCGCGGGGACGAAUGGAAACAUUUAUCGCGAAGCGGUGCCGUAAUGCCCCCGCCCUCCGUCUGUCUAGCUCCAGGAGAAGACCUCGUAUUACUUUGCUUUUAUCCGCGACGGUUUUCUUUUUAUCAAGCCGUAAAUGUGAAAAUCGGAAAAUUAAGCCAUGUUUAUUCAUUACACAUUAAGAGACAUAUUAUUUAUCGGAUCAAUGUAGCUCGUGUUUCCUGUAAUGAAAUUACGUCUCGCUAAUUCUGAGGAAUGAAACCGCGGCCCUCUGGAGGCACGGGGCUUUGAGAGCCCCAUACAUUUCGGCGGUCUGUUUAGAGAAAUUCGAUAGUUGCGGCUCAAUAUCCCGCGGUAUCCCCAGGCGGCUUCACCCAUUACCUGACGAUCGCCGUUUUGUGAUAGAAAUGUCCUGACUGAUGUGUCAUUCCGGAUUAGCGGCCCAUUCUCCAGUAAUAUCGCGGUUGUCUCUGUUGUUGGCGCCUCUAUCAGCACGACCAUCGCAGGCUCGUUUGCGGCCCGGCCAUAUAAGAGCCGACGUUCCCUUUUUCUGGAUGUCGGUUUUUAUUGCCGGUGGCGGGCAGGAAAAUGGCCACGUUUCCAAGCUAUUAUGGAACACCGAUGAAGUAAUAAAGCAUUAAUUUGCCGCGGCUAUCCUUUACAACCCCGUUGCGGGUCAGCCGUUAGGGUAAAGGGAGUUGAUUUGACUGAUAUAAGACCUGAGGUCCCGGGAAAUGUAUGUAUACAUUUGUAAUCCAGUCACCCGUUUCUGUAUUUGUACAUGUUCUAUUGAAAACACCGCAUGUUCCUCGGGCCGAGCAUUUUGAAGAUGGUGUACAGAUGUUUACCAUUAAUAUAUAAAGUGUUUCCAAAUAAAUCGUCCAAAUGUUCUGUA